CUACUUCUUUGCAUAAAAAUAAAAAAUGAAAUAAAUCCUGCUUCUCUCUGACGCUAUCGUCACCCGCUCUUGGCGCAUUCACACGAAGCCUUGACGGCAGAUCUAGGCUUCAGGCUGUGUUUCCUUUCCGUUGAUUGUCACUACAAAUUGAUAAUUGAUUCACAAUUUUUAUUUGAACCAUGAAAGACAACUUUUAUUCACGGCUAUUGCAGCAGAUCUAACUUUGUCACCAUAUAAUCUCAAUCUUUAAAAUAAUGUUUGCCACAUAUCGCACAUCAGAGCAGAUCCAACUUCUUCUGUUAUGAUGGUCCAUUUCUCUCUCCAAACAUACCGUCACAAUUUACUCUGCUCCCGGCACUCCAAUUCCAAUUUAUGCAAACCCACUGUGGGCCCAAAGCCUUUAGAUACUCAGCCUUCAUCAGCUUCAGAGGUUUAGACACGCGUCGCGGAUUUAGCGGCUUCCUCAACAAAUAUCUAACUGAUCGAGGAUUCCGCACUUUCUUCGACGAUGGUGAAAUUGAAAUAGGGACCCAAAUAACAGUACGAAUUCAUAAGGGAAUCGAAGAUUCAAGGAUUUUCAUCCCCAUUUUAUCGGAAAAUUAUGCAUCUUCUUCCUUUUGCUUAGACGAACUUGUGAAGAUUCUUGCAGAAUUUCAAAAGGGGAAUGGUCGAUGGGUUUUUCCUGUUUUUUAUUACGUUAGUAUCUCUGAUGUGAAAAAUCAAACAGGCAGUUAUGGACAAGCAUUGACGGUUCUUAAGAACGGUGUCGAGCAUGAGAGAUUUGAAAAAUGGAUCAGCGCCUUAACUUCAAUUGCUGACUUUCGCGGCUGCCAUAUGGAAAGGGCAAAGGGUAUAUAUGAAUUCCAGUACAUAUAUGAGAUUAUUCAAGAGGUCUCUAAACAUGUUGCUUGCUCAAUCGGCCUAGAUCAUCGAGUAGAGAAAGUUAUGCGUUGUUUGACUUCCGGAUCUGACGAUAAUAGAGUCUACGUGGUAGGGAUAUGUGGAGUUCCUGGAAUAGGGAAAACCACACUAGCUCGUGGAAUUUAUCUCUUCCAUGGUGCCAUUGAAUUUGAUUGUCGUUACUUUUUUGAUAAUGUGGAAGAGUAUUUAAAGAAACAUGGAUUAGUACGUCUCCAACAGAUGCUUCUAUCUGAAAUAGUUGGACACCACAACAGUACUAGGUUUAAAAGUUUGGAUAAAGGGAUCUCAUCAACAAUAAAACACAUGCUCAACCAAAAAAAGGUUUUCUUGAUUCUCGAAAACAUUCAUGAUUCAGAAGUCUUGAAAGUCAUUGUUAAACUGACUACUUUCUUUGGUUCUGGUAGCAAAGUCAUCAUUACUGCAAGGGAGAAAUGUUUUCUAGAAUUUCAUGGCAUUAAAAGAAUAUAUGAGGUAGAAAGAAUGAAUAAGGCAGAGGCUUUUCAAUUGCUUAAUUUGAAAGCUUUUGAUUCUAUGAACAUUAGUCCCUGUCAUGUGACCAUUUUAGAGGGUCUUGAAACUUAUGCUUCUGGGCAUCCAUUCAUAUUGGAAAUGAUAGGUUCCUACUUGAGUGGGAAAAGUAUAGAAGAAUGUGAAUCUGCAUUGCACCAGUAUAAACAAAUUCCAAACGAAGACAUCAAAAUGAUACUACAAGUAAGCUUUGAUGCUUUGGAUAACUUUCAGCAGAAUAUGUUGAUUCACAUUGCACUUCACCUCAAAGAUCAGGAAUUGGCGGUGGUUGAAGACCUGCUUCAUUGUAAAUAUGGUGUGUGCCCGAAAGAUGAUAUUAGAGUGUUGCUUAAUAAAUCUCUCAUAAAGAUUAAUGAGAAUGGUCAGGUGGUAUUACAUGGCUUAACACAAGACAUGGUUAGAGAUGAUAUUCCAGUAGAAGAUCUUGGCUAAAUUAGUAGGAUACAGUUGUUUGAGGAGCAUGACAAGCGGCAAAUCCAACCAGCCUUCAGUGAUGGAAGCAUGAUUUAGGAUUCAAUGGAAUUGGAAUAUCAAUCAUCAGAGCAUUGGUGUCUUCCUCCUCUUCUCCUGAUGGUUCAUAGUGUUUCUUAGGAUCCACCCCCUUCUUUGAUACAUUGAUCCUAUAAUUUGGGUUGCGUCUAACUUAAUUUUACAAAACCAGCUUGUAAGGUAAGAGGUAUUGCUUUUUAUAAACUCUUUUUAGGUCUUAUUUCUUUUCAAUGUAAAACUUGGAUUUUUCCAAUACACCCCUCACACCUAACACUAUUGAGCUUGGUUUGUAAAUAGUUUGAUGGGUGACUUGAAUGGAUAGACUGUGAUACCAUAAUAGAAUUUGAGUUAGGCUGAACUGAAAUUCUAAGAUGGUAUCCGAGACUAUUCAACAUUAAUUGAGUCACCUUCUAUCGGGCGACUCGAGUCACACUCCAGAUGUCUGGUGCUGAGUUUUAGGGUGUGCGUUAAGAGUUUUAUAUUGGAUGAGAUAUGACUUGAAAAUGAGGCUACAGGUGGAAGACAUCUCUAACUUUACAAGUUGAUUUUGUAGUGUUGUGUUAGGUCCAACCAAAAUUCUAAUUUAUCACGAAUAUUCACUAGUUAAUUUAUGUGGAAACUUUGAUGUGAUUGUCCAUUUUACUCUUUUGAAUCAAUUAGUUACAUUGGCCCUUGA